AUGGAAUUAAAGGACAGCAAUACCUUGCAGAACCUGAAAGACGCCUUUGCAGGUGAAUCUCAGGCAAACAGACGCUACCUCUACUUUGCAGCAAAAGCUGAUGUUGAAGGCGAAAAUGACGUUGCCGCAGUUUUCCGUUCCACCGCUGAAGGUGAAACAGGCCACGCCCAUGGACACCUCGAGUAUAUGGAAGCUGUCGGCGAUCCAGCGACUGGUCUGCCCAUCGGCAGCACCGGCGAUAACCUGAAAGCCGCGAUUGCUGGCGAGACCCACGAGUACACCGACAUGUACCCGGGCAUGGCAGCUACCGCACGGGACGAAGGUUUCGACGAAAUUGCGGACUGGUUUGAAACUCUGGCUAAAGCAGAGCGUUCACACGCUAACCGCUUCCAGAAAGCCCUGGACGCAAUGGCGUAA